CUGACGGACCAGACCAACAACGUAUUUCGUCCCCUGCUUUGUUGUCUCUGUAUGACCGGGUAGCUCGUCUGUACUUUUUAGUUUUAUUUUAACAUUUUGUUAUUCUUUAUGUCUCUGUAAUUUUUAACCAGAAUUACAAACGUUUUUUCUAAGUUAGUAAUUGUUAUUACGACGUUUGAACAAACGAUGGAAAACUAGCAGGCGAUGCUAGCAUGCUAAAGCUGCUUUUCUGUGACAACCAGGGCAUUUAAGAUGAGGAUGUUCUCAGUUUCACACAAGACAGCCUUUGUGGUGGACCACUGUCCAUACAUGGCAGAGUCCAGCCGGCAGCUGAUCGAGUGCGACAUGCUGACCAAAAGCCGGUCGCAGGGUGUAAUUCCUCUGGCUCCCGUUUCCAAAUCCCUCUGGACAUGUGCUGUCGAGUGCUCCAUGGAGUACUGCCGGAUACUAUUCGAUGUUUACCCCACCAAGAAACUAGUGAACUACAUUGUCAGUGAUUCUGAAGUUCACAUCCUGAACACCUGGAAACAGGAAAACCAGAACACACAGGAGCUGAUGUCUGCCCUGGCAGCUGUUGGGCCUCCAAACCCUCGUCAGGAUCCUGAAUGCUGUAGUGUCCUGCAUGGGUUGGUGGCAGCUGUGGAAUCGCUGUGUAAGAUCACAGAAUAUCAGCAUGAGGCUCGAACUUCUCUGAUGGAUGUGGCUGACAGAGUGGUCAAUAGGGGGCGCAUUGUCUGUCUAACUAAUGCCAAGAGUGACACUCAUGUCAGAAUGCUGGAGGACUGUGUGUUGGAAACCAUUCAAGAGCAAAACAAACUGGCAGCAGGAUCCGAUCGACUGAUGCCUAUUCAACAGUGUGAGCUUGUGCUGGUCCACAUCUUCCCCCAGGGCGAUGACACGCUGGUCUCAGACCGCCAAAAGAAAGAGCUGUCAUCAGUAUUGAGCAGUGAAGUUCACAGUGUGCGCGCUGGAAGAUAUCUGGCUUCUAAACUAAAUGUGCUGGUUCAGCAGCACUUUGAUUUGGCCUCCACCACCAUCACAAACAUCCCCAUGAAGGAGGAGCAGCAUGCUAACACUUCAGCAAAUUACGACGUUGAGCUACUGCACCACCGGGAUGCUCAUAUGGAAUUUAUUAAGAGUGGUGAUUUGCACAUGGCUGGCAGCACCAGCAGAGACAGCGGACUAAAGGAAACAGUCACACUUAAGUGGUGCACUCCACGCACCAACAGUGUAGAGCUACAUUACUGCACAGGGGCCUAUCGGAUUUCUCCUGUUGAUGUCAACAGCCGGCCAUCAUCCUGUCUUACAAACUUCCUGUUAAACGGCCGUUCAGUGCUGUUAGAGCAGCCUCGCAAGUCAGGAUCAAAGGUCAUCAGUCACAUGUUGAGCAGCCAUGGAGGUGAAAUCUUUUUGCAUGUUUUGAACAGCACACGGUCCACGCUGGAGGACCCACCCUCCAUCAGUGAAGGCUGCGGGGGCCGAGUGACAGACUACCGCAUCACUGAUUUUGGUGAAUUUAUGCGUGAGAAUCGCCUGACUCCAUUCCCAGAUGCACUUGUAGAUACAGCAGGCAGAGCUCCAAUCGAAGGAGCCAAAGCCCAGUUAGAACGGCACACACGAUACUGGCCAAUGAUCAUUUCCCAGACCACCAUCUUCAACAUGCAGGCGGUGGUGCCUUUAGCAAACCUUAUAGUGAAGGAAACUCUGACAGAUGAGGAUGUGCUGACCUGUCAGAAGACUGUCUAUAAUCUUGUUGAUAUGGAGAGGAAAAGUGAUCCUUUGCCAAUCUCAACGGUGGGCUCUAGAGGAAAAGGUCCCAAACGUGAUGAGCAGUACCGGAUCAUGUGGAACGAGCUGGAGACGCUAGUAAAGACUCAUGUGGGCACCAGUGAGCGGCACCAGCGUGUUUUGGACUGCAUCACUGCGUGUCGAAGCAAACCCCCCGAGGAGGAGGAGAGGAAGAAAAGGGGAAGGAAGAGAGAGGACAAGGAGGACAAAAUCGACAAGAAUGGCAAGGACUCGGAGGAAAAGAGCUGGACCGCAGAGUCCGAGAGGCUGAAAGGGGUAAUGGAGCGUGAGAAGGAUGAACCGGCCGAAUGUGAAAUCAUCAAAGAUUCACCAGACUCUCCAGAGCCCUUGAACAAAAAACCACGUUUAGCCACAGAAGAGCAGCAGCCUCCUGAGAAAUCCAAAGGUCCUGUCUCUCUUCUCUCACUUUGGACCAAUAGAAUCACCCAGGCCAACUCCAGGAAGCAUCAGGAGUUUGCAGGCAGACUGAAUUCUGUGAAUAAUAAGGCAGAGCUUUAUCAACAUCUCAAAGAAGAAAAUGGGAUGGAUGUUCAUGAGAACGGAAAGGCUACUAGAUAAUGUGUGAAUUGGGCCUCUUCUCACCUGAUGACAUCAUCGAUUGGUUCACAGGACGUGAUGAUGACAUUGUGGCAUGAUAUCAAAUGAUUAAAACGGUGCUGGCUUUGAGCCAGGCUAUGAACAAGGUGAUGUUUUAUAAGGAGAUAAUUUUUUAUAUGCUUUCGUUUGUACAAAGAGUGAAAUAGAAUUAAAAAAGCCUGUAAAUUGUG